UCUCUGAGUGUAUUGAUGAGUAUAUUGAUGUGCAUUAUUGAUGCAUAUAGUGUAUAUUGAUGUGUUUUUUUUAUAUGCAUUGAUGUGUAUCCAGAGCUCAACUGAGAAAGAGGCCUUGGUUUCAGUGUGAUUCCCUGUCAUAAUAAAGAAUAAAUAAAUAAAAAUAAACAAGACACUAUUUCUAAUCAAGAUGAAUAACACACACAAUGCACGCAAACACACACACACACACACACACACACACACACACAUACACACACACCACAGGGGGAGAGAAAGACACACACAGAUGGGGAGGGAGGGAGGGAGCGAGAGAGAUGUAUUAUCCCUUUCCUAGUAUAAUUAACACUGAAGGCCAGGCAGCUGAUUAAUAUCAGAGCCAUCUCCUGACUAGGGAUCUUCACCACAUUAAAGCGCAUGUCAAAAUCCACUUAACGCGAGGUGAUAUUCAAUUCAGCCCCCAGAUGCACGAGAAUGGAUUGAUAAACACGGUAAUCCUUAACACCUGCCAGACUGUUACAUAAUGGUGACGGUUUGUGUUAUGAGGAGCUUAAGGGGGGUGAAACAAAAGGAAAUUGUAGAAACCUAAGACAGAUGUUGUUGCGCUUUAUAAAAGUUCACGUGGCACUCACUGGUGGCGUGAGCAAUUUUCACCUGCUUGUUUUGGUUUCUCAAUUGAUCUAUCUCUCUCUCUGUCUUUGUGUACGUGUGCGUGCGCUUGUCUGUGCUUGUGUAAGGGGAUGUAGAGGAAAAGCAACUCUCUUGUUUUGGAAAAGUAGAACAUGUUUGUCAAAUGAAAGCAGCCUAUGGUUUUGACUUGACAGAAUGUUCACUUUUGUCUUGGGGAGACGUGCCAUGUUGUGCAGGGCAAGCUGCGCAAGCGUGAUCCAGUAGAGUCCCAAAAAACAGAAACGUAAGAUCCCCUCCUCCUCUCUGGUACCUCCACGUACCUCUGUCUGCCAAGCAGAGAAAGCACCGCAGGUGGUCCGCCUCCAGAGAGAAAAAAAGAGAGAGAGAAUGAGGAGAGAGAUAGAGUGAUGGGGAGUGAGAGAGAGAGAGAGAGGCGCUCCCAUAAGGCACAUAUGGUUCAGGCUACUUUUCUGACGACAAAAGAGUCAACGUGGAAAGCAGCGAGCGCAGAUAUUAAAGUCGCGGGCUCCGUUGUCACGCUACUGACAACCUCCACCUCUCCAUGUCGAGCCGCUGAAAUCUAGGAUGCAUGGGUUGUGAGCGGCUCCCAUUUAAUUCAUAAAAGGAGAGGGACCCACCGAGAAGUCUGGGGGCGCUCGCAAAAUCCGCUUUAUGAAUGGCCCAAACAUGGGGGAAAUUCCUUUUGAAAUAGUCCAGACCCGGCGGAAGGAGGGUCACUGUUCGGCCACCGCCAGUACAACCAUCGCGUGCGAGGACGAUUUCGACAGCAACGAGCUCGAGGCACUCUUCCAAAACUACAACGUGAAGCUGGAGCAGACAGCCACUCUCAAAGCCCUCGCGGUGCUCAUCGUGGCCGCCUCGUCGCUCGCGCUGAUGGAGCUGCUGUCCGGUCCCCAGCUCACAGUGUCCAAGGGUUCUCACCCCGUGCACUGUGUGGUGUUCGUCUCGCUUUUCAUCGUCACCAACGUCAAGUACCUGCAAGUGACGCAGCUGCAGCAGAUCGCCAAGCUCGUACUGCUCUUCAGCUUCACAUUCGCGAUCCUCUGCUGCCCGUUCCCCCUCGCGCUUGGAGCCGCCGGCGUGGAGGCUCCUGUCACCCCGGAGCAGGGGGUGUGGCAGCUCAUGCUGGUCACUCUUGUGGCGUACGUGCUGCUCCCGGUGCGGACGCUGAUCGCGGUGCUGUUUGGUAUGAUGGUGGCCGUUUCCCACUUCAUCGUCACCGUGACAUCAUUCACGGCCAGAAAACACAAGCUCUGGAGACCGAUGGUGGCCAACACGGUGCUGUUCACCAUUGUCAACCUGUCUGGAGUGUUUGUCAGGGUGCUGACUGAGCGUGCUCAGAGGAAGGUCUUCCUACAGGCUAGGAGCUGCAUAGAGGAUAGGCUACGACUGGAGGACGAGAAUGAGAAACAGGAGCGCCUCCUGAUGAGCCUGUUGCCCAGGAAUGUUGCCAUGGAGAUGAAGGAAGACUUCCUGAAGCCGCCCGAGAGAAUCUUUCACAAGAUCUACAUCCAGCGUCAUGACAACGUCAGUAUCCUGUUUGCAGACAUCGUGGGGUUUACCAGCCUGGCGUCUCAGUGUACGGCACAGGAACUGGUCAAACUCCUCAACGAACUCUUCGGGAAGUUUGACGAGCUGGCCACAGAGAACCACUGUAGGCGUAUAAAGAUCCUGGGGGACUGUUACUACUGUGUGUCAGGUCUGACCCAACCCAACGCAGACCAUGCACACUGCUGUGUGGAGAUGGGCCUGGACAUGAUCGACACUAUCACGUCUGUGGUGGAGGCUACGGAGGUGGAUCUGAACAUGCGUGUGGGUCUGCACACGGGACGGGUGCUCUGUGGGGUACUGGGACUCAGGAAGUGGCAGUAUGAUGUCUGGUCCAAUGAUGUCACUCUGGCCAACGUGAUGGAGGCAGGAGGACUGCCUGGUAAGGUCCAUAUAACCAGGACUACUCUGGAGUGUUUGAAUGGAGACUAUGAGGUGGAGCCAGGCUUUGGCCAUGAGAGACAUGCCUUCUUAGAGAAACACCACAUCGAGACCUUCUUCAUAGUAGCCUCCCACAGACGCAAGAUCUUCCCAGGGUUGAUCCUGUCGGACAUCAAGCCGGCUAAGAGGAUGAAGUUUAAGACAGUGUGCUACCUGCUGGUUCAGCUCAUGCACUGUAGGAAGAUGUUCAAGGCUGAGAUCCCCUUCUCUAAUGUCAUGACCUGCGAGGAUGACGACAAGAGGCGUGUGUUGCGGACGACACCAGAGAAGGUGUGUAGCCGGACAUCACUCUCAAGCACUGUGCAGCACCUCCCUGGUACACGGGUCAACCGCUACAUCGGCCGGCUUAUCGAGGCUCGCCAGACAGACUCACAGACCACCGACCUCAACUUCAUUACACUCAUCUACAGGAACACAGACAGGGAGCGCAGGUAUAACCAGGAGUAUGAUGGUAACUUCAUCAGUGCGGUGAUUGUCUCUCUGAUCCUCGCUGCUCUCUUUGGCCUUAUCCAUCUUCUGAUGAUGCCACAGGGACUGUUGGUGCUGCUGGUGCUGGUGCUGUGUGUGUGCUUCCAUGUGGUCUGUGUGAUGUAUCUGUACAUCACAAGUGUUCAGUGUUUUCCAGGGUGUCUCACCAUUAAGAUCCGAACAGCGCUCUGUGUGUUUCUAGUCUUGCUGACCUACUCUGUCACCCAAGCUUGUGUGGUGAGCUGCUUACCCUGGGUCUGGAUGAUCAGAGCUAACUCCAGCAGCAGCUCUGAGGAGACUGUUUUCAUGGAUGCGCCGGGCGGGCCAGGGCCAGUGAAUGAGACGGUAGCUGAGGGGGUGUGGCCGAGUGUUCCCUACGCUCUCCUCUCCUGCGUGGCCGGAACUCUCACCGUCGUCCCUUACCUCCGUGUCUCCUCGUUACCCAAGAUCCUCCUGCUAGUCCUGCUCUCUGUCCUCUACACUGUCACCACGGAAACCAGCAGGGGAGGUUUGCUCCACCCUCGGGGGUAUAAUCCUGGGCUGGGUUUCCUGUUGUUUGCUGUAGCUCUGGCUCUACACUGCCGACAACUGGACCUCAAACUACGCCUUGACUACCUGUGGGCCACUCAGGCAGAGGAGGAGAAAGGCGACAUGGAGAAAGUCAAGCUGGACAACAAGAGGAUCCUGUUCAAUCUCCUACCUGCACACGUAGCCCAGCACUUCCUUAUGUCCAACCCCCGCAACAUGGACCUGUACUAUCAGUCGUAUUGUCAGGUAGGAGUGCUGUUUGCUUCCAUUGCUAACUUCAACGACUUCUACAUCGAGCUGGACGGCAACAACAUGGGAGUGGAGUGUCUCAGGCUUCUCAACAAGAUCAUUGCAGACUUCGAUGAGCUGAUGGAUAAAGAGUGCUACAGAGACAUUGAGAAGAUCAAAACCAUCGGCAGCACAUACAUGGCUGCAGUAGGCCUAGUACCUACAACUGGCUCCAAGGCUAAGAAGUCCACCUCCUCACACUUAUGCACAGUGGCAGAUUUUGCUAUUGAGAUGUUUGAUGUACUGGAUGCCAUCAACUAUCAGUCUUACAAUGACUUUGUCUUGAGAGUCGGUGUUAACGUGGGUCCAGUGGUAGCAGGAGUCAUCGGAGCGCGGAGGCCUCAGUAUGAUAUCUGGGGGAACACAGUCAACGUGGCCAGCAGGAUGGACACCACCGGACUACCGGGCAAGAUACAGGUGACAGAAGACGUGCACUGCAUCAUCAGGGGUCACUAUGACUUUGUGUGCCGCGGUAAGGUCAGUGUUAAGGGCAAAGGACAGAUGCUCACCUAUUUAUUGGAGGGGCGGAACCUGGAUUGUUCCCGGACCAUUCGGUAUAACCGUUCAGCCAAUAGCAACAUCCACACCAAACUGAGCCCCGCCCCCGCCGUGACCGCCUAUGCCACUAUGCGGAACCCCGGCACAGUCCCCGCAGCAACCAUCUCCACCAACAGCACCAUCCUUUACCUGCCAUCUGUGGCUGAUCCCAAGGCGAGUGCGUGACUUCGAGACUGUCUCCAAGGUGACCAAGGAACUCUCCUUGACAAGGAGAGAAGAUAGAGAUAGAGAGUGGAGUAGAUAGGAAGUGACUAAAAGUGAAAUAUGGGUGAGAGGGAGAGAGGGAGGAAGUGGGUUCCACUUUUACUGGACUAUCACUAGGUCCCCCUCAGAGAGAAUGUGGUUCCACAGUGCAGACUGCUAGAGAUAUAGCCCUGGAUCCUGUCCUCUUUCUCUCUGUGAGGAGGAGAUGGAACUUAAGGAGUUUGGCCACUACCCAGCUGGGUGGUAGACAACCAUUUCUACUAGACAAGGAUCCAAAAUCCGUACCAUGCAAAUUUUACUCGCUGGCGGGCUAUUUUGACACAUUUUCUACUAGCCCAGUCUGAAAAGUACUAACCUCAUUGUAGCUGAAUUUCCAUCCCUGAGGAGGGGUGGAUACAGUAGUUGAGUGAAGGGUUCUUCUGUAUGUUAUUACUAUAACACUACAGCUUUUUGUCUGUGUGUGGACCUCUGGGCCUCAGGAAGACUUCCACACCUGGUCUGACUGGAUCUGAGAAUGGGAUGGAUCUGUCCCACCGGGUGUGGACUGGAUCUGCAUGUCCCAAUCUUCUCCUUCUAACUAACUGUUUAAGUUUAACUAGCUAACUACAGGGUUACUACAUUAACAGAUCGCUCGAUGUAACCUGGCUGUUCUCUUCUAAAUAGCGAGGCCACGGAUGUACUGUCAUGUAUUGUACUGUACUGCACAGUCAAUGUUUUCACAGCAGACCCUCCCACCCUAAUCCACAACCAAGAUGACAACAAAAGCAACAGAGAGCAUUACGUUUAACUACAUUUAACUAUCAUUCAACUAAUUACAGCUUCUACCGUGCUAUAUGCAACACACAAUUCCAGAGUAAAACCAGUAAAAGCCAGCCUGUUACCUAACCUAACCAUUAGUUUGCCUUACCUAACCUUCAUUCCCUCUUAUGCAUCUUAUAUCAGAGCUGUUGCCUUAGCGACGGGCCACUCUACAGGCCGAGUUUACUGAAAGCUUUGUAAUUAUAUUGCCUUUCAGAUCAGAUGUAGAUUGCAUCUACGUGUAUGCAUGUCACAGACAGGGCAUUUCCUAGACCAUAUAUUUCUCCAAAAGAAACUGCCAAACCACAUUGUCUAUUGCAAAGUAAAGGAGCCUUUAUUACAGCUUCUUAAAUGUACAAGACUUUGAAUUUUGAGAAGGACAGCUAUUCUCAUAGAGAUGGGGAAUUGCCUUGUAUCAGUUGGGAUUCAGCGAUGCUCACCAGUAUUGUUGGAUGCAUGAUGACAUAUUAGUGUCCAGUUUGCUGUGUGUUUUAUAUUAGAGUGGAUAACUGAUGCUUAUAACUUCCAGAAUCUUCCUUCCGUCACUCCGGUAAAAAAUAAAAAACAGUAACAUCAAAAGGGAUGCUAAACAACGCCACAGAGGAAAGUGGACUGAUCGAAAAAAACUAUACUUCCGGGCGGCCAAGGCGUUUCUGUAGCUACUUCUAAAUAAAAGUUCAUACAUUAGCAAUAACACAGCUUGUGUUCUGAAACAGAACGUCCCCUUCCCUGCCCUGUCUGCAUGCAGUAGCAGUGUUGACAACUGUUUUUGAGUGAGCAUCACUGUUGGUUCUUUGAUUUGUUGCUAGAAGUCCUUAGAUUAAAUGUGGACGUUGCCGCAACGUCAGCUGGCUCAAUGUGCUGUUAACUGUAAGAGCAUCCUGAUUGGAGACCUGUUUGUUGUAUGAGCAUCCUUGAUUGGAUAGCGCUGUUAAAGAACAUCCUUAUUGGAUAUUCUUGAAUGGAAAGUGACGUUAACUGUUAGAGCAUCCUGAUUCCUGAUUGGAUAGUGCUGUUAACUGGAUCAUCCUGAUUGGAUAGUGCUGUUAACUGGAUCAUCCUGAUUGGAUAGUGCUGUUAACGUGUAAGAGCAUGGAUUGCCAAUAAACCAAGUCUGUAUUUCUGUGCAAAACUGAAAACAUGGCAUAAGCUAGGUUUCCAUCCAAUUUGUGACAGUUUUUCAUGCAAAUAUUCUAAAAUAUGCAUGAAACAAUAUGCCCAUUUUCCCACCAGAGAUGUGUUUCCAUCAAACUGAUCUAUUGCAGAUAAAAGGCUGUGCGUGAUGACGUAGUGCACAUAAAAAUUACUUUUGAGGUUAAAUUCCCAUGUACCGAAUAAAAAUACAAGUUAAAUGGGUUUCCAUCGCAUUUUUAACUCUACUGAUGGAUUUGUGACAAAAAUGUUUGCGUUAUAUAGCAAAUGUGUCCACUCUGUUCUUGAUAUGUGCGCUCUAGCUAACAUCUUGCAGAUCCAGUGCAGAUAGGCUACCUACAUUAUGAGAUUAUUAUAGAUAAGAGCAACAUGAUUUUUAUUUGUCAAACGGCAACCAAGUAUCGAUCAUCGGUCACCAAAAUAAGACCCUCGAUAUUUAUUGGACAGGAGCAUCAAGCUCAUCACCUUGCACAUUCACCACCCUGUGAAGUUCAUCAAAACUUAUUUCAUCUGUAGCCUGAUAAACUGCAUGCCUUCCUGAGUCGUAGUGGGAGGACCACACAACAUAUCAUCGCGUGACUCCAAGUUUACUUUGAUAUGAUGGUUAUUAUAUCAAUAUUUGCGCUUAAAGGCGUUUCCACCACUAUUUCUUGCAUAAUUAAUUUUACAAACACAAAAUUAUCCCACCAUGUCAAACAAACAUUGUCUGUCCCAAUUUAUUAAAUUGUACCGGCAUUUCCUGUUUCCAUCAGUCAGGUCGUGAUUUGUGUUGAAUGUGGUGAGGUUUCAGUUCUUUGUCAGUUUAUAUCAUAAAGUUUUUUUUUUCA